GGACGUCGGCCUGUGACGCCGUCGUCGCCCCCGCGCCGAGUCCCGCCCGGGCCGCUCCAGCCGACCGUUGGGCGGCCUGCCGAUGUCCCUCCCUCAGGACCUCCCCCCACCCCUGAACUGCUCUCGCGGCAGCGACCCAUGUGGGAGUUCAGGCUCCUGCGGUCGCCACCGCUGCUGCUCCUCCUGCCGCAGCUCAGCCUCGGAAUCGCCGCGUCCCGCUCGCAGGCCGAAACCAUGAACCUGGGCGGCGGCAGCGGUGCGCCGUUCUCCCCGUCGGCGGAGGGGCGCCGGACGCAGUGCCUGCAGCUGUCCACGGUGCCGGGAGCUGACCCGCAGCGCAGCAACGAGUUGCUCCUGCUGGCGGCGGAGACAGCCGGGGAGGGACCGGAACGGCGGGCCCUCCCUGGGGACCGGGCGAAGGAGGAGCCGCAGCCAGCGUCCCAGCAUCACGUUCUCUAUUUCCCGGGGGAUGUGCAGAAUUACCAUGAAAUUAUGACUCGUCAUCCUGAGAAUUAUCAGUGGGAAAACUGGAGUCUAGAAAAUGUGGCCAACAUUUUAGCCCACCGGUUCCCCAAUAGUUACAUUUGGGUGAUAAAGUGUUCUCGAAUGCAUUUGCACAAAUUCAGCUGCUAUGAUAAUUUUGUGAAAAGUAAUAUGUUUGGUGCUCCAGAACACAAUACUGACUUUGGAGCUUUUAAGCACCUUUAUAUGUUAUUAGUUAAUGCUUUUAACUUAAGUCAGAACAGUUUGUUAUCAAAGAAGAAUGUGAAAGAUUUGAAUCAGGACUCCAAAGCAUCUAAUUGUAGAUCCAGUUCUUCUCACACUACUAAUGGUUGCCAGGGAGAAAAAGAGAGGACCUGUGAAAAGUUUGAUGAGUCCGCCAUGAGUUUUUAUCCACCAUCACUAAAUGGUGCUUCUUUUACUUUGAUCGGAUUCAGUAAAGGUUGUGUUGUUUUGAAUCAAUUGCUUUUUGAAUUAAAAGAAGCCAAGAAAGACAAGAACAUAGAUGCUUUUAUCAAAAGCAUAAGAACAAUGUACUGGCUGGAUGGUGGUCAUUCCGGAGGAAGCAAUACUUGGGUUACUUAUCCAGAAGUCUUGAAAGAAUUUGCACAAACAGGAAUUAUUGUUCAUACCCAUGUAACACCUUACCAAGUAUGUGAUCCAAUGAGAUCUUGGAUUGGAAAGGAGCACAAGAAAUUUGUUCAAAUACUUGGAGAUUUUGGUAUGCAGGUGACUAGCCAAAUUCAUUUUGCAAAGGAAGCUCCUUCCAUAGAGAAUCACUUCAGGGUUCAUGAAGUAUUUUGAGACUACAAGAACAUUAAUGUCCUUGUUCAGUGGAAGAGCAGAAGCACUUUGAGUGUUAUAAAUUCAGAUAAAUACAUUUUGAGAAACCAAGAUCUAAUGAGUGUCAACCAACACUGACAGCUGUAUGAUUACAAUAAAAGGUGAGCAGUCACUUUUUUAUUGCUUAUUAAUAAUUAGCUUUUGCAGGUCAUGAAAUAAUUAAGCAGGCAUUGCCGCUUUCAAAUUGAUAAAAAAAGAUACUGAAGCUUAAUAUCUUAAUAACCCAGAGGACCUAAAUUUAUAAAAUACAGAAUUAAAAUGUUAAUCUCUUGGUUUCUUCCCAGACUUAUAUUUUAAUGACUCUGUAAUACAUUCCAAAUAUUCAAACUUAUCAGAAUUCUUGCUCACCAAAUGCUUAGAAAUGACAUCCCUUAAUUGUAUAAAGUACAGAAUAGUAUCUCAAUUUUUUUUAAGGACAAGUUAGUUUAUGUUGGUUCAAUUUCUUUACCGGCUUUUAAGACCAAAAAUUCCCAGUAAGGAAACCAGCAACCUGAUUCUAGCAUUUUAUUACCUAAUCUUAAAGUAUCAUGAUUGGUUGGAUGGCUUCUUUCAAUGUUUAAUAAUCCUUGGUUAAAUUCAUGUGUAUCUAAUGUUAAGUAGCUAAGUUACUGAAUGCACUACUGAGGGGGAAGGAAAAGCACUUAUUUCACAGGAUUAGGUAAAAUGGAAAAAAGAAGGAUUUAUCUGAAAAAUCUGAGAUAUUUAAAAAUCUGGGUUCUUUAGCUAUCUAGUCAUAUGACUGCUUAAUUAUAAUUGUUAUGUGUUCAAUGGAUGUUAAGAAUAACUCACUGGACACUGGAACUGCCAUUGCAACAGGAUGAGAGUGUUGAAAGUAGAAAUAUUUUCUUGAAUGAAAAUAUAUUCCAGCUGAUCCAUAUUCGAAUAUUUAUGACUUCCAAUUUGUUCUUUCUCUACAUUUGUUUAAAACUAUUGUAAAUGUUAGUGUAUCCUUUUGGAUUGUGCCUUUGUGUUUGUGUCAUGAGAAUCAACUGAGAAGUCAUAUAGAUAAUGUGAAAGUUGUUACCGCCACAGCAUGAAUGUACAAUUGUAUUAAAUUUAAUCCAGAGAA